AUGACUCCUGGGGAAGGGGAUGGAGGGGCUGCGUUUCCCUCGACCCCGAGGCGUCCGGGCUUCCCCAGUGCUUCUAGCCCGGCCCGAGAGCUGUUCCAGCCAUUCGGCCGCCUUUCCCGCUCUCGAGCUGCCCUACUCUCUGCACUCUUGGCGGUCCCUCUGCUCCGCGCCCCCACCCCCCAUCCUUCCCUCCUCACUCCGAACUCAGGGACUUUUGUUCUAGUCCCUUUUAACUUUGAACAUUAUUACCUCUGUUUUGUAGAUGCUUCAAGUCAACAAGUAUUAAGCACCUGCUGUGUGCCCGAUAUUGUACAAAGUGCUGGGGAUACAAAAGGGAAAAGAAAAGAAAAGAAAAGAAAAAAGACUCUUGUCUUCAAAUCUAAUUGGGAUUUGCCAAAGCCUCAGGUAAUCGAGCAGAGGGAGCCAGACUCAUUUCGAAUGCAGAUGCCUCAAGGGAACCCGUUAUUGCUCUCUCACACCCUCCAGGAGUUGCUGGCCAAGGACUCCGUGCAGGUGGAGCUUAUUCCUGAGAAGAAGGGCCUCUUCCUGAAACAUGUGGAGUAUGAAGUUUCGAGCCAGCGCUUCAAGUCCUCCGUGUACAGACGGUACAAUGACUUUGUGGUCUUCCAUGAGAUACUGCUACAGAAGUUCCCUUAUCGAAUGGUGCCAGCACUUCCACCCAAGAGAAUGCUGGGAGCUGACAGAGAGUUCAUUGAGACCAGACGGAGAGCUUUGAAACGCUUCAUUAACCUGGUGGCCCGUCAUCCCCCUUUCUCAGAGGAUGUGGUCCUAAAGCUGUUCCUCUCCUUCAGUGGCUCAGAUGUACAGAAUAAACUGAAGGAAUCAAUCCAGUGUGUUGGAGAUGAAUUCAUGAUUUGUAAACUGGCUACUCGAGCCAAGGACUUCCUCCCAGCUGACAUCCAGGCACAAUUUGCUGCCAGUCGAGAACUGAUCAGAAAUAUCUAUAAUAGCUUCUAUAAGCUUAGAGAUCGGGCUGAGAGAAUUGCAUCCCGAGCCAUUGACAAUGCUGCUGACCUCCUCAUAUUUGGGAAGGAAUUAAGUGCUUUAGGAUCUGACACAACACCGCUACCCUCCUGGGCCACAAUGAAUAAUAGCACAUGGGGGACCCUAAAACAGGCCUUAAAAGGCCUCUCUGUUGAAUUUGCACUGCUGGCUGAUAAAGCUGCACAACAGGGUAAACAGGAAGAGAAUGAUGUGGUGGAGAAAUUAAACCUCUUCUUGGAUUUACUCCAGUCCUAUAAAGAUCUCUGUGAGAGACAUGAAAAGGGUGUGCUUCACAAGCACCAGCGAGCUUUGCACAAGUACAGUAUGAUGAAGAAGCAAAUGAUGAGUGCCACAGUGCAGAACAGAGAACCAGAGAGUGUGGAGCAGCUUGAGUCCCGCAUAGUGGAGCAAGAAAAUGCAAUUCAGAUAAUGGAACUCCGGAAUUAUUUCUCUUUAUAUUGCCUACAUCAAGAAACUCAACUUAUUCAUGUCUACCUGCCUCUAACUUCACACAUCUUAGGAGCCUUUGUCAACUCUCAGAUACAAGGCCACAAAGAGAUGAGUAAAGUUUGGAAUGAACUGAAGCCCAAAUUAAGCUGCCUCUUUGCAGGACCCAACAACAUGCCAACACCACCACGAUCACCACAGGAGGGCAAUCUGUUUUCUCAUUAGUGCCUGGACAGGACUGCCUGGGUUUUAGGCAAUGCUAAAAGUACCCUUCCAGCCUUACUAAAACAUAUCACCAAACCGUGUCAUUGUGUA